UGGAGAGCAUCAAGGAAGGAAGGAGGAAGUUGGAAAGCAUCAAGUUAAUGCAAGUGCAGCAACUCCUGAUGAACCCGAUGAGAAGCAAGAGACAGCCGAAGAUGUACUUGCAAAGGUUCAGUGGCUAAAGGACAACUGUGCACCUACUACCAAAGUCAAAGAGUACAUGUCAUUGACAUCAAAGCACAGGGCAGAAUGGGUGAAAGAUAGGGAGAGAACUGUUGCAGAAAUCUUGGAGGAGUUCCCCAGGCUGCUUGGUAUUGGGAUGAUUGAGCAAGACUUCCAGCUGAUGUACCCAAAAGUUGCUGACAGACUGACUGACAAAUGGGGCGGCUUGUCGGACUCACUGAUAGAUUAUGCCACACAGAUGUUUCCUCUUUGGAAGGAUGUGUUAGGUCUUGAUGCCAGUACUGAUGUAAAGAAACUGACAGAAGAUGAGAAGAUCAACCUGUCAUUCUUUGUCAUUCCAAUGAUAUUUGAUGGCUGCGACAAAAAGAAAACUGGUGGCAGAUUUGGGCCAAAGGAAACAAUGAAAGCCUUUAUUGAUGUACAACUGGAUAUUGUGCACAUGCCAACGUACUUAGAAAAAAUUGACGCGACAAAACAUCCUCAGCCAUUCCUGCUCGUCCUGUACAGUGAAUCAGUGCUAAAACCUUCCAGUGUAUUUGUGAUUAUUGAGAAGAACACAAUUCCGCAACCAUCCCUACUGAAGGCCAUAGAUGUCUGCUAUAAGGCUCACUUCAUACUCGACUGUAAAUACCAGCAACUUUGCACAAGUGUGUGGAAAUUCUUUGAGAGGUAUAUUUUCAACCAGCCUGGAAUUCCAACAAACAAAGACAGUCCAACUCUAAGAGCCCUGAGGGCAUUUUUGGCUUUCCGAAAUUUUCCAUGAAAGCUUCCCAGAUUGACCAUGGGCUGUUUGACAUUUUGUUGUUUACCUAUUCAUUCAUUCCUUGUUACAGUGCAGACUCAUUAAUGGUCAUGACAUUUGCCUUGUUUAGAAUCGUAUGACUGUCAAGAAAUUAGAUAGUAAGACUAUGGGGGGAAAACAUGGUUGUUCUUUGACAGGUUACUUAAUCUUUCAAACCUCUAUUUGCUUUCAAACUUAAAAGAAACAAACAAUACUACAAAAAUCAUGACAGUUAAAACUAGUUGAAUGCAAUUGAAAGAUGUAUUAAUUUAUUUUUUGUUUCUCUUACUGGAAACAAACUCUUAUAGUGUUAUGUAUAAAGUAUCUCAAUCAUACAUUUUUGUAAAACAAGGGCAGACUUUGCAGAAUUGUGUGGAAGAUCUUUGAGAGGUGUAUUUUCAACCAACCUGGACUUCCAACAAACAAAGACAGUCCAACUCUAGUACAGGCCUGAGAGCCUUUUUGACUUUCCGAAAUCUUCCAUGAAAUUUUCCCAUCUCAAUCAUGUUUUGUUUAAAACAAAGGCAGAGCUUGGGGAAUAAGGGGUUUGCCCUUUACCAACACUUUGAAAUUAACCCGGCUGUAAUAAAAUACAUGCCCCUAGAUGGACCCCCUUCUGAAAACUCCUGAAUCCGCCUAUGUUAAGGGGUGAUAAUUCAAACUGUUUAUAUUUUAUAUUUAAAAUAAUAACAGACAUCAACAACACCACUACCUCAAGAUUUUAAUUAAGAAGCAAGUGUAAAACAUUGUUUUCAACUUAACAAAGUCUGACUAUGUUGUACACCAAGUUGAUAAUAUGAUUAUCGUUUUUUAUGAAGAACAAACCCUGAAUAUUAUGUUUACUACUCGUUGUAUUCAACUCGUUUAAUUUACACACUGUAGUGCUUGUUAGCAAACUUGUUUAAAGAUAAGUUCUGUACUUUGAUUAAUUUAUGUAGACUAUUCCGAGUGUUGUCGGCAAAGUAACACAAAUUGACACAACUCGACACUUAACAUUCAGUUUAUUUGCGUUUUUCCAAAGGUUCACGAAAGAAGUCUAUUGGCGAGUUAUUUUUGACAUACGUUUUAUUAGUGCACAGUUGUCUUUAAAAAAAAGGGCAUUACAAGCAAGUUUCCCAAAGGUUUAAUUUUGAUAAACUAAAAUUUGUUUGUUAACGAAAGUCUUUUGCAAUUUUUAGGUUACUUUUAGUCAAGUUUAUUUAUUAAGCCAAAUUGUUACUGUUCAGAAACAAAAAGAAAGGCAAGGCAAGCAAGCACCAGUUGUUUGAGAUUUGUUUAUAUUUUUAUUGGCAUGUUAUUUAAUACAAGUUGUUGUGCCAUUUUUGAGAAACAAACAAAAAGAAAGUAAAAACAAGCAAGUGUGUGUUUCAAAAGCUUUAACUUCGGUAAUUAUAAGAUUAUGUGUGUGAAAGACAUUGCUGAAAGAGCAAGUUACAUCAUGUUCUAAUUGUUUUUAUAAAACAAAUGUUUUUUUAUAGAGCUAUUUACAAAUCAUUUUUUCACGAAUUUGUUUCGCAAAUAAUUUUUGAUCCUUGAAAAGCCUCACAUAUAUUUUACUGACUACUAAGUCUGUUUAUCAAAAGAAGGUCCUACCUUUGAGGUUGCUUAAAUUGUUGAAGCGUACUUUCAGUGCAGUUAAGAAAGUUCAAUAAAUAAAACAUAAACAAAGGAAUUGCAUUAACUGUUUAUUUUCUUUCCCAGCAUGUGUGUAAUUCAUUUAAAAUAUUCCAACAACAAUGGUUAAAAUAUUUACCAACAUUUGGUGGGAAAAGUGACCAAUUUAUGUACAGAAAUUUAAACGAACCCAAUAAUUGGAUACAGCAUUUACCAAUACAUGGUGGGAAAAGUGACCAAUAUGUGGUCAGAAAUUUAAACAAUCCCAAUAAUUGGAUACAGCAUUUACCAAUACAUGGUGGGAAAAGUGACCAAUAUGUGGACAGAAAUUUAAACAAUCCCAAUAAUUGGAUACAGCAUUUACCAAUACAUGGUGGGAAAAGUGACCAAUAUGUGGACAGAAAUUUAAACAAUCCCAAUAAUUGGAUACAACAUUUAC